UGCAACCCUUUGCACAACUUGGCUGGCGGUGUUGGAUUUGUGUGCCCGUUCUUCCUUUCACCAAGGCUGAUAUGCGUGUUUGUAGGUAUCGCCUGUCACCAUAUACCUAUUUGAUCGAAGGCCUUCUCGGACAAGCUAUCGCGAUCGGUGGCCAACAAGUAUCCUGCUCACCCGUCGAAUUCGUGUCGAUCACCCUACCUAGCGGGAUGACUUGCGGCGAAUACAUGAAGCCAUUCAUUUCGUUUGCAGGUGGCUACCUCACCUCCGACUGUCAGUUCAGCAUUCGCACGACGGACCAGUUCCUCAAUUCCGCGUUCAAUAUUUUCUAUAACCACCAUUAGCGGAAUUUUAGCUUCAUGAUGACGCCCCUUGUGUUCAAUUUCUCUUUUAUCUACCUUCUCGCAUAUAUUUUCUGGAUUCGCGAAGGAAGCAUUUUCUGGAUUCGCGAAGGAAGCAUUUUACCCUCUUUUAAGAGGCGUGCUGCCAAGAAGUAAUGUAAAACGGGCACUCGUCCCAUAAUCGUUUUGUGGGCUUCAUCAUAGAUACUUAGAAGCUGGGUCAUAUGGCCUGAGGAUUCUUCAUUCUAUUUACAAGGGAGCAAUGGAUAUCAAACGGACUAAUGUACUCAAUUUAUGUAGUAUAUUAUGAUCGAUACGAAAUCGUCAUCGUAUCACUAGUCGCAUAGAU